CUUCUUCUUCUUCAUCGAGCGAGGAGAGGGGAAAACCGAAAAACAACCAGGCGAAAGGAGGAACGAGGGAGGCAAGACGCCCUUGCCGUCGUUGGUUCGGGGGGUACCUGCGUACCGAAGACACGCUGCCAGUCGCGAGCCGGUCGACGUGCUUCGUUCGUUCGUGGUACGCAUCACCGUCAAGCAGGCCAUGCCUGCUUCGAGCGUGCCUUCGGCACGGCGUGCUCGUCACACGUCCUCGCGGUUCCAGCGACACUAGCUGCUCGUGACUCCCGGAUACAUCGGCGUGCCCUUGCGGAUACCCACGUUGAGGAGUGCGGAGUUUUCCAGUGUUAUUGUGCGCGACAUCGAAAGCUGGCAGCGCGUGGUUCGAAAUCUCUCGAGCUAUUGCGCAAUGAUUGGGAUCUGGAGGUGGUGCUUUGUGAUUGUAGUGUCGUGAGUGUCGACUCCUUCAUAUCGGAGGUGCCCCGUGGAUUUUUUUCAACAAGGUCCUCCUUUUGUCACUGGGAAAGGAUUCCAGCGUUGUUUGUGCGUGUGGCCUCGUUACCUUAAGUUCGGUGGCACCAGGCGGGCGCAGUGAAUAGAGCCGACGACUGUGCCUUCUUUUGUGCGACGACUGCGUGAUUCUAUUCUCUCCUCAACGGCGCGUUACAGCGCCCCGGAUUCUCUCUUUUGUGGAUGUAGCCAUGUGAACAGGAGCCAGCGUGGUCAUGCGGGAGGCUUGCCGCAAUGGCGGACCUUCUUCGGCGUCUUCCCGCUCCGAAUUCCGGGACCUCGGGAGGAAGCGGUCGGCGCCGGUGGUGCCGCGGGAAGUGCGCGCCGCCGUUUCUGGGCAGCAGUGAAGCACGGGGUCCACACUAUCACGCCCUUGCUGUGACGUGGUGGACCUGCCGGAGGAAGUGGAAAUGGCGGGCCCAGACCAUGUGCCGACCCUGGCCGAGAGGCUCUACCAGGCAGCCGUGGCCGGACAGACGGACACCGUUGUCGAACUGUGUCGCAUCGGAGCGAGGAUCGAAGCGGAUGCGGAGGGUCGCACGGCUCUGCACAUGGCCGCUGCCAACGGCUACGUCGACACCGCCCGAGCUCUCAUCUUAGCCGGAGCCAAAGUCAACGCCCUGGAUGCUUGUGGCUACUCCCCCCUGCAUCAGGCGGCUACCGAGGGUCACGAGGAAGUGGUGCGGCUACUGGUCAAGCACAACUGCCUCGUCGACGUACAAGAUGAAAUGCACGGGAACACAGCUCUGCACGAGGCCGCUUGGAAAGGCUACAGUAGGACAAUAGAAGUUCUAUGCAAGAACAAGGCGAAUGUGUACAUAAAAAACAAGGGCGGCUUCUCUCCACUGCAUCUCGCGUGCCAGAAUGGUCACAACCAAAGCACGAGGGUUCUUCUGCUGGCUGGCUGCAAGCCGGACAUUAAAAACAACUACGGUGACACCCCGCUGCACACGGCCUCCCGCUACGGUCACGCCGGAGUGCUUCGGAUACUCAUCAGCGCGUUCUGCAACGCCAGCGAAGUGAACAAGAAUGGAGACAGCGGCCUACACAUCACGGCAGCGAUGGGUCGUCGAAAAUUGACAAGGAUACUCCUGGAGGCCGGUUGCGACCCAACAAUUGUCAACAAGCAAGGGGAGACAGCGCUGGACAUCGCUCGGCGCAAGGAGUUCAACGAGGUGGCCGACCUGAUCGAGCAUCCGCCGCCGCAAGUCAUCCAGCUGGACUCGUCCUCCUCGCCGCUCGAAAGGCCGGUAGAAGGAGGCAAGAAACGAGAGAAAGAGAGUGGCACCUCGCAGGGCAGCAGGGACAGCUCGCACAACAAGGGCCGCACCAAGGAAAAGCACAAGAAGAGCAAGCACGGCCACAAGGUUCACUUCGACGACGAGAAGAAGGACAAGAAAGGAAAGCUCAGUCCGUACGGCUGUCACCAGACGCCAAAUCUCAGCUCCUUUCCGGCCCCCAAGCUAGAGACGCUGCCCGCGGAACCCUUGAGCAAAGGAGAACAGUAUUUCCUCGAUCUAGCAGGAAACAUACGCAAGGGACCUGUCGGGAAAGGCUACACGUGCUACUGCGCGCCCUUCUUCCACAACGUGGAGAAGAAGCUGGAGGCCGACAAGCAGGAACUCAUUGACCACAUAGACCACGCGCACGAAGACCUGAACGCCAAGAUCGCGCACCUGGAGCGCAAGACGCGCAACCAGCUGUUUAACCUGAACCAAUCGGUGCGGGAGAAACUAGCUGCUGAAAAGACGGAGUGCCAGGAGCGGGUGGAGCGUGCCGCGCUUCGCGAGCGCCUCGAACGAGAGCGGAGACAGGAGACUCAGCACGCCGAGCUCCGCAGCGAGCUGCAGAGCUACGUGCGGGAACGCGUCGCGCAGGUCGACUACCGCUGCAGUCCCCUGGGCCAGAGUUCUGACUGCAAGAACAGGUUUAGCGAAGUUCCGCCGCACUGGUCUAGACGGACCAGGCUGAACGGUUUUUACGGCAACGGAGUCGCUAGGGCAAAGUCGGAGGAAGUCCUGCGAGACCUCAACGGCGCCGAUGGCAUUGACGAAGAGGAGGAACUGGCAGCCGUGACCAAUGACCGAGUCGCGAAUGGGCGCCUGCCUCAGGUGCCUCCACCAUCGGGACUCUUUGGCAACGAAGUAGGUUUGCCACCGCCUCCUGCGCACCUUGCGAACCGGUUGGGGUGCGGCGGCAGGCCAGACUUUGAGAAACUCGGGGCGAAGCCCAAGUACCCGCUGUGGGACCUCAACGGAGGAGAAAGAACGAGCCCGUCGACGCUGCUAGUUCACCAUCAACAACCGUCGCCAACCGCGGAAAGUCGAGGCGACCGCGGGAUCUGCAGGAGUCCCGCGGACCAGGCGUCGUCUCCGGGUGCGGUCAGGCAUUUCAAGAGCCACGGGGACCUCACGGCGACCUACAAGAAAGAAGACUUUCAGGACGAAGAGAAGGAGAAGGAAGAGGUCAGCAGCCCGAACCACUCGCCGUCGCCGCCCGUCACGACCAACGGAACGUGCGGAGAGGGCCUGCGGCCGUCGCCCUCACCCGCUGGCAACGGUGACUUGUCGUCGACAGCUCAGGCUGCGACAACGACGACGACACCGCCGCCGACGCACCCGAAACCCACCAAGCCGCCGUUGAUGCCGCGACCUACGCACCCUCCCCCUUACUCGAGCCACGUGCAUCGCUUUUCGGCGCCACCGAGCAGUCAAGCGAGGCCCCUGCGAGUGUCGUACGGGCCAUCGCCCAGCGAACUGGCGGCGGCCGACGCUCUUUCGGGCUACUACAACGGUGGCGCCGCAUACGCGAACGCCAACGGGGGUGCGGUCGAGGACCAGCUAUGCAAACUGAACGAGGGCCUCUCGUUGGACCCCGAGAGCGGAUGUCCCUCCAGUGAAGUGUGA